UAUAGGCGACUGUCCGCGAUGUCAAAAAAAUAGUUGGGAGUCUAUUCAGACUGCAGUUGUUGGUUUGACAGUUACUAAGUAAUAACCACAUUAAUGAACCGUAAUUUAUCGGCUUCUUCAAGUAAUUUAUUAAUUGGCCUAAUAAACCUCUAAUCACCCGAAGUUUUAGCGUGGUAAAUGGAGGAGAAGAAGGAAGACGGAGACCCGGAGAUUCAGGAACACGGACCCGAACAUUGGUUCUCAAAAUGGGAGCGGCAGUGUUUGGCCGAAGCGGAGCAAAGGGAGUCAAACGAGGAGGAGGCUGAUAACGACCAAGAGAAAUUGUGGCAUCUCUUCCAGAAUUCAGCCACUGCCGUGGCACAGCUCUAUAAAGACCGAGUAUGUCACCAACAGGGGGGGCUUUCUUUGUGGGUGCCCUUUCAGAAUGCUGCAACAGCUGUAACCAACCUGUACAAAGAGUCUGUUGAGGCCCACCAUCGCAGCUACGACCUUGGCAUACAGACAGGCCAUCAGCGGCGCAACAAGGAUGUGUUGGCCUGGGUUAAGAAGAGGAGGAGAACCAUCCGCCGAGAGGACCUCAUCAGUUUCCUGUGUGGCCGGGCCCCACCGCCACGGAGCUCCAGAACCACUCUGACCCCAGGACACCGGCUCACGAUGGUCUCCCCUAACAGGGCUCCCCCAACCCCAGAGACUGGCUCCUCUGUGGAGGCUGACCUCCAGCCCUUCAGAGAGGCUAUCGCGCUGCACGGUCUUAGUGGAGCGAUGGCCAGCAUCAGUGUUCGUUCCGGUGCCCCGGGCUCCCCUACCCACGUGGGGGGUACUGGUGCUGGGGGCGGGUCUACCCCGCUGGGGGUGGGCCGUCGGCGGAACGGCCUCCACGACGUGGACUUGAACACUUUCAUCUCCGAGGAGAUGGCGCUGCACCUGGACGCUAACCCCACCUCCGGAGGAGGAGCCAGGAAACGCAGCUCUGCCCAGUGCAAUGACGUCAUCACAGACUCCCCCACCCACAAACGCAACCGGAUGAUCUGAUUGGAUGGCGGCUGGGCCCUGCAGGGUCUUGAGACAGACUGAAGGACAUACAGCUGUGGUGAACUGACGACUGAGGAAGCGUUCCAUUUAGUUUAGAUAGGGUGCUGUUUUCUGUCCUCGUCUUUUUCCCUUGAGGAGCGCACUGGUCUAAUCUCCUCCAUCCAUCACACAACCCUCUUAGUGAUCAGGAAUCGUGAAGGAAAUGAAACAAGGACAGGAAUACAGACCAGGGAGGUUUGGGAAGCGACCUCUUUCAAAGGAGAAAUGCCCUGUGCUGCUUGACAUUAAACAGAAUGCCACUUAAUCCUCAACUUCUUCCCCCUUUCAGAGGAAACCAAUGCGAUGGAAACCCCCUCUGUGAACUCAUGCUGUUGACACCAAAUGUUGGGCCAGUGAGGAAGACCCGCCUUCCUGCCUGCAACAUGUCUGUCUUUGGAGAAGAGAACGAUGAAGACAUGGUCCACCAGAUCUUUCCCCGUUGUUUUCCGAUUGUCACCCUUGUAUUGCACGCAGUGGGGCUUUGGUAGAGGGGGUUAAUUUGGGAUGUGACCCCCUCUUCCUGUUUCUGUUGAGAGAGUCUGUUGGCUGAUUCAACCAAUAGCAGGCUAUUGAUGUGUGGUAUUAUGGGCUGUCAGCUUCAGGUUACUAUGCUUCUGCAUUCAUGGAAGUUUGAGUUACAACCAACCCCAAAUUUCACCCUAUUCCCUGUGUAUGAAAUGCACUGCUUGGGCCCCUGUAGGUCGUAGUCACAGUUAAUGCACUGCUUGGGCCCCUGUAGGUCGUAGUCACAGUUAAUGCACUACUUGGGCCCCUGUAGGUCGUAGUCACAGUUAAUGCACUACUUGGGCCCCUGUAGGUCGUAGUCAGUUAAUGCACUACUUGGGGAACCCAGUGUUCAUUUUCAGGUUUCUUUUCCUCUACUGCAGUCAGUUCACUUAUAUUCCGUAUCAUUUCUUUUUCUGUUUUUAAGAGACAGACUUGGCUGUCGAUUGUUGUGGCCCAUUUCCUGCUUGGAUAAUGUGACUGUUUAGCGGGACUUCUGCCCCAGCUUGUCAGUAAUGUAGCGUUAAAGACAGGCAGGAGAACGCUGAGUGACGCUAGCGGCGACCUUCCCUGUUAAUUGAAAGCCUUGUUUCCCCUCAGAAGGUGGAUAAAAGUUUAAGAAGAGUGUAGAAGAGGCGUCCAUGGCGAUUUACCCGCUACAUCCGUCUCCGCUCUUAUGCUGCUGUUCAAUGCUGUUGUGAUGAGGAUUUUACCAGAGUUGCAAUCAUUACUUUUGCACAAGCGCUUCUUUCCCGUCUAAACUCAUGUGAGUAGUUCUUCCACCGGAAUCAGCCAGUCACUCGUCCACCUACGGUGUUCAGCCUAGCCCCACCUCCACCUGGGCUACGGUGUUCAGCCUAGCCCCACCUCCACCUGGGCUACGGUGUUCAGCCUAACCCCACCUCCACCUGGGCUACGGUGUUCAGCCUAACCCCACCUCCACCUGGGCUACGGUGUUCAGCCUAACCCCACCUCCACCUGGGCUACGGUGUUCAGCCUAACCCCCCCUCCACCUGGGCUACGAUGUUCAGUCUAACCCCCCCCUCCACCUGGGCUACGAUGUUCAGUCUAACCCCCCCCUCCACCUGGGCUACGAUGUUCAGUCUAAACCCCCCCCCCUCCACCUGGGCUACGAUGUUCAGUCUAACCCCCCCCUCCACCUGGGCUACGAUGUUCAGUCUAACCCCCCCCUCCACCUGGGCUACGAUGUUCAGUCUAAACCCCCCCCCCCUCCACCUGGGCUAUGAUGUUCAGUCUAACACCACCUCCACCUGGGUUUCGGUGUUCCUCCACCUGGGUACUGGGGUGUGUUCGCCCUGCACCAAACAGCAGACAUCAAACUUUUUUACGGUGAUGCCGUAACGAACAAGCCGCAGUUUGUAUUUGCUAGGACCCAAAAGGAAGCAAACGUACUGAAAGCAGAAGGGAUCUAUGUACAUUUGCCCAAUAAGAAACUCUUGUUUUUGUUUAUUCUGUUGCAAAAUGUUUUGGGCCCUGCUGAACAUGACCCAGAUGGAGAGACUUGGGUGGGAAGAAAGAUGGAGGUCAAACUACAUCACAGACUUUAUCCCAGUUUAAAGGGCCCAGUUUUUCAACAGGUAUCUGGAUUUCGCCUGUUGGAUAGGAUUUUAAUGGCGAGCGAAUGGAACUGUGGUUGGGGCUAGUCUGUCCAAUUUAGUUUUUAUCCCAGGUGAAAUCCAGAUAGUUGUAGAAAAGUGAACCCUAGGUUAUCAUACUAACUCUGAGUAACUGUGUAGUAUGCAUGGCCACAUUGCUUCACUCCAUACCCAGUGUGAAUGUUGAAGUAGCCUUGUUCGUCUCCAAUUGGCUGUGCAUUGCUCAAAUGUGUUGAUGUGAAAAGCUGCAGUUUGCUGAUGAUUAAAAUCUAAAGGGAUAGUACACCCAAAUAAAAAUUACAUUGUUUUCCUUACCCUGUAAGCAGCGUAUGGACUAGUUAAAGAUGCAUUCUGUGAUAAAUGUUGGCCACUGGUUGUAAAAGUGGCGCUGAAGAGCUAAUACAGGCCCCUAAAAUCAUACUAUGUAUGUGCUGAUAAGGGCCAUGUUGACAAAACCACUCGCUUUCAAACUUGGAAUAUAAUGGCUAACUCAGAUGUCAUAUGACUGUGAUACUAUGUAUAAUUAGCAAAAAAAAUUUACUUCACUUCCAGUCCGAUGAGAGGUUUAAAAAAAGAUUCUCUUGAAGUCCUGGAAUGCAUCGUUAACAGUGAAAUCCAUGCUUUGGUUUCUGUCAACCUGGCGAUGGUGUUUAAAUGCUCAUGUUGAAGCAUUUAAGGGCAAAUCCAAGGCAAACAGACCUGCACCCUGAUGGCACAUUUCAUGUUGGACAUAUUUGGUCAUUUGGGGGAAUUAUCCCUUUAGUGACGCCAAUGAAGGGUGUUUCCAACUCACCUAGGAUCAGUUAACCGUGCCCAGUUUUAACCCUUACCUGUAGGGCAGAGUACGCGUGCUGAUGUAGAAUCUGCCCGUACAAUCUUGUCUGCCAUUAUUGAAGUACUCAUGAUCCUGGAUUAGCACUUGGAUGCUUUAUGGGUCCCUUUCUUAGGGCUGCUUGGCCCUAUCUGGGAUACUUAAUGAAACAGCACAGCACUCAUACAAACGCAUUGUCUAGUUAGAAGAAUCCAGCGCCUUACAAAUGGACCCUAUUCUCUACUUCUGGACCGGGUCCUUGGGGAGGGGCAGAAGUAGGUGACUCCACUGCCCUAGGAAGUGUACACUUUCUCCUUUAGUGUGCAUUGGUUCACUGCUCCCUACAUCAGUCAGGUGGAGUCCUGGUCUGGGGGCAGGAACUGAUGUGUCUGAUACUAACUAAGGAAGGUCUACAGCUAGGAGUAAGGAGGGACUGUUAGGAGGUAACCAUGGGCAGGAGGGACUGUUAGGAGGUAACCAUGGGGAGGGGGGACUGUUAGGAGGUAACCAUGGGGAGGAGGGACUAUUAGGAGGUAACCAUGGGGAUAAUCUCAACCCUGGCUUUGCUUGGGAGGCACGCCUUGUCACUUUUAGGCACUUGAUGCAGGUCUGAACUAUAUUGCUUAGCACUUGUGAGAAAUACAGAUUUUGCACUCUUUGGGCAUCCGUGUCCUGUUCCGAUGUAACUGAAUCCCAAAUGAACUCUUACACCCUUUGCACUCGUGGCGAUUUCAGAGGAUUUGAUUGGUGUAAAAUGACAGUUUGAAUCUAGCAUAUUCAAAUUGCUUACAGCUGUCAAACCUUUCCAUGUGCGUAGGAGGUUGUUUACAUCUAUGUUUGUGAUUGGUCCAGACAAUCGUGCUACAUUCCUAUCUGAGCCUUGUGUAAUGUUCCCUCCCACUGAAAAGGUGUCUGGGCGGGGCCUACAUUUUGUCCGUCAAUCAAUCAACAAAUAAACGACCAGGUUCACACUCGCAUCAUGUGAUUAGGGAACCCCGUCUGCCACCCAAAAUGGCAAACUUUUCCACAAAGAGCCGUGCUAUAACUGGUGCACUAUGUAAGGAAUAGGGUGCAUAACUGGUGCACUAUGUAAGGAAUAGGGUGCAUAACUGGUGCACUAUGUAAGGAAUAGGGUGUAUAACUGGUGCACUAUGUAAGGAAUGGGGUGCAUAACUGGUGCACUAUGUAAGGAAUAGGGUGUAUAACUGGUGCACUAUGUAAGGAAUAGGGUGUAUAACUGGUGCACUAUGUAAGGAAUGGGGUGCAUAACUGGUGCACUAUGUAAGGAAUAGGGUGUAUAACUGGUGCACUAUGUAAGGAAUAGGGUGUAUAACUGGUGCACUAUGUAAGGAAUAGGGUGUAUAACUGGUGCACUAUGUAAGGAAUAGGGUGUAUAACUGGUGCAUUAUGGAAGGAAUGGGGUGCAUAACUGGUGCACUAUGUAAGGAAUAGGGUGUAUAACUGGUGCACUAUGUAAGGAAUAGGGUGUAUAACUGGUGCACUAUGUAAGGAAUGGGGUGCAUAACUGGUGCACUAUGCAAGGAAUAGGGUGUAUAACUGGUGCACUAUGUAAGGAAUGAGGUGCAUAACUGGUGCAUUAUGGAAGGAAUGGGGUGUAUAACUGGUGCAUUAUGGAAGGAAUAGGGUGCAUAACUGGGGCACUAUGUAAGGAAUAGGGUGUAUAACUGGUGCAUUAUGUAGGGAAUAGGGUCUGGUUUGUAACGCUGCCUUGUGCCCAUCUCCAUCAAGCCAACACUACUAUCAAAUGUUUCCUGAUACUUAUUCGUUUAAAGUAAUUAAUCUUAUAUACUUAACAUUUAGGUGUUGGUAUAGUACAUGUGGUUCUCACUGUUAAAGAAUAAAAGAAACCAUUGAAUUGCGAUUGAUGUACUUUUGUUUCAAUAAAAAAUAUGGUAUAUUGAAAAUAA